AAAACGUGAGUGAUUUGAGACAAGAACCUCCGCAAGGAUCAAAUUCUAGGUUUUUUUUUUGUAGUCUGUCGCCACAAAUAGAUCUCCACAUUACUACCCGAUUAGGUAGAACCAGCCCGAAAAUCGAGCAGGUACCCUUCUCUCUCUUUCUCUCUCUCGCUCGCUCGCUCGCUCGCCGUCUACAUCUCUGUUUGCUUCAUAUGCUUAAACACAUCAUGUUUUGGUUCCUAGUAAAUAAUCACUUCUUGAAUGAGUAUUAGGAUCUCUGAUUUACGAUUUAACGCAGCUGCAGUUGUAACCAUUCUUUUUGGUGGCCUGAAGCAUUUUCUCUCUAGGCUUCGACCCAGGGCCGGCCCCGAUACUGUGUCCAUUUCCAAAAUGGUCACGACCCAUUUACAUAGAGUUAGAAUACAGUCUGUUCUCAAAUGGGUUUCUUUGGGUUUCCCUGAAAGCAACGUUAGAUCAUCAAGAACCAGUUUUUGGCCAACAGGGUACCACAUUGUUCACUGCCUUAGGUCUUAUGGAAGGAAAAAAUUGUCUCCACCUGAAAAAGGUCCAGAAUUUGGUGGAUGUGAGAGGGAAAAUGCUGCUCAACUUUCCCCCUCUGCGUGGAAAGAAGCCCAGGCUGCUUUACAAGAAUACUUGCAUUCCACCAGGAGCUUGCAGUUUGUUGAGGCGGAGUACAUCAGUUGUAAUUCACCGUGUUUUCUUGAGAAGUUGUUGAAAAAGGUCAAGAAUGAGGCGGAAAUUGGACGGUCUGUGACCAGGUUUUUGCGGUAUCACCCCAUCAAUGAGUUUGAACCUUUCUUUGAGAGCAUUGGUUUGAAACCCGCUGAAUACGCUCCGCUUCUUCCUCGCGAAUUGAUGUAUCUGACUGACGAUGCCAUGCUGUUAGAGAAUUACCAAGUCUUGUGUAGCUACGGUAUAGGUAGGAAUAAUUUAGGAAGGAUAUACAAGGAAGCACCUGAAGCUUUCAAAUUGGAUAAUGGAGUCUUAUACUCAAAGCUUCGAGCCUUGGAGGAAAUUGGGUUGAGCCAGUCUACUGUAAUCAAGUUUGUUUCUUCAAGUCCGAGUCUUUUGAUUGGAGACAGAAGUAGGGAACUCCGUAAGGUGUUAGAUAGAUUCAAGAGCUUUGGGAUUGAACAUGGUUGGAUUCAGAAGCAUUUAUUAGAGGGGAAUUCUUAUGAAUUUACUCAUAUGCUUCAGCUAUUGUGCUUAUUGGGCAACAUGGGUUGCAGUGAAGAGAAACUUCAAAAAAUAAUUUUUCAGCAUCCGGGGCUUCUAUUUGAGGAUUCGGGAAAGACAGCGAUUUCAUUAAUUGGCUUCUUGUUAAAAUUUGGAUCCACCAAAAAAGAGAUUUAUUCUGUGUUAAAGAGAUUUCCUCGAGUCAAGGUCGGAAAUUUUGUUUCCAAUUUGAGGAAAUGCUACAAUUUUCUUGUUGAGAUUGAGAUUGAGGUACAAGAUAUUGGGAGGAUUGUACAUUCACACCCCUUGCUGCUUGGUUUGUGUUGUUUAAAGAAACUUGACAUCUUACUUGCAGAUCUGAAUACUGAGAAGGAGCAGCUUUGUGAUGCUGUCCUGGAGGACCCACGCGUGUUGAAGGGUUGGGUUAUUGAAUCAAGGGUCAAACAGGUAUCAAAUCUAGGGGUCAAACAGGUAUCAAAUCUAGGGGCAGAGGAGCUAAGAUCAAGGAUGAUGAAGAUGAAGUUCCUUAUGGACUUAGGUUUUGUUGAAAACUCAAAUGAAAUGACGAAAGCUCUUAAGGUGUUUAGAGGCAAAAGAGAAGAACUUCAGGAAAGAUUUGAUUGUUUCGUGAAGGCCGGUUUGGAUAGGAAAGAUGUCUCAGAGAUGAUCAAAGUAGCUCCUCAAGUUCUUAACCAAUCAGAGGAGGUGAUUAAAAGGAAGAUGGAUUUUCUUGUUAAUGGUUUGGGCUAUCCUGUUUCAUCUCUAGUGGCCUUCCCAGCUUUUGUUUCGUACACUAUUCAGAGGGUUAAGCUUAGGUUAUCAAUGUAUGAUUGGCUUAAAGAGCAAAAGAUAGUGCGGCCCAACUUGUCGUUUAGCACUAUCGUUGGAUGCUCUGAUGAACUAUUCAUAAAGCAGUAUGUAAAUAAACACCCUAGAGGCCCCAAAAUUUGGGAGAAGCUCAAGAAAAAGAUUUAUCCCAAUUGAAAACUGCCUAGUACUUUUGACUUGUACCAUCUAUUUAGUGCAAAUCAAGUGAAGGGUUUGCAUGGAGAGGCUUUUCUAGCAGAAAUCUGUGACCGUGAAAAUUCUUCAGCAUGAUUCAGACAUACUAUAAUGUACGUUUGAAGGGAAUCCCCUCAAUCCAACCUGCAUUACACCAAACAAACUUGAUCUAGGCACAGGUAAUUGUGUUUUGAGUUUUAGUGGGCUAUUUUCCGUAAGUUUUUUUUUGCAGAGGAUAGGUUUUCUAUGAGAAACUUCAUUCAGUCAACUGAAACGUGUUCACUUGUGUUUUGAUGGCAUUUGGACAUGUUUACGUAUUAACUUUUCUUUGUAUCCUUUUCUUUUCCAUACCAUUGUUGUUGUUUAGAAAAAAGAGGAGCAUGCCGUAGGUUUGAGUAGUUAAUGACUAACUUAUGAUGCUGAUUAAGGCAGCGAGUCCAUUGCAAAACUGUAACUGAUGUCUGCAAAGGCUACGAGCCUAUGAGAAUUGAGAAGUGACCACAUCACAGGUUGAUGAUUUCUAUG